GCCGCACACGCCUCAGCCCCGCACCGUGGUCGCCCCCAUCACUCACGCAUCCAGGUCCACAGGAAAGCCUCUUCUUCUUCCUCCUCCUCCUCCUCAUCAUCACGCCAUGUCGGCCGCCAGCACCGAGACCAGCGCCCCGCUGCCCGCGGCCGGGAGCCGCGUCUUCUUCCAGGCUGCGCCCGGGGUGGGCUGCGUCGCGUCCGGCCCCAUCACGGGGGACGACCCGGUCCAGAAGAAGCAGGGCAAGGUGACGGUCAAGUACGACAGGAAAGAGCUGCGGAAAAGACUCGUCCUGGAGGAAUGGAUCAUCGAGCAGCUCAGCGAGUUGUACGACUGUGAGGAGGAGGAGAUGCCGGAGGUGGAGAUCGACAUCGACGACCUCUUGGAGGUCAACAGCGACGACGAGAGAGCCAUCAAACUGCAGGAGUCAUUAAUAGACUGCUACAAACCAACAGAGGACUUUGUCCGCGAGCUGCUGGGGAGGAUAAGGGGAAUGCGAAAACUCAGCGCUCCGACCAAGAAGGGCCUAUAAUGGGAUUAGCGUCCACCUUCGACUAUAGAAUCAUCCGUUUUCAACUACUUAACCAACUCAACAUGGACUGUCAUAACACACAAUUAUUUAUCAAAAAAAAAAACAAAAAAACAAACGUCGGUAACUAUUCUGCAGCCUGCAAACAUCGCACCACGAAAGUCAUACAUAGAGCACUCAUUUCACAAUCACACAGAGUCAGGAGGUGUGUUAUUAUAUUUGACUGUUGAGGUACAUAAGCAGAACAAAGCCAACAUGUUUGAAUAACUACAUAAAUGUAGAAUCCUGGAAUGUGCCAGACCUACAGCUGUGCUUUAACAUGAACGCCACCUAUACAAUAACAUCACAGAGCCAUUUUUUAAAUUAAGAGAAAAACUUUUCAAAACAAUCCAGUUCACUGAACAGCCAUAUACAGACUAACGACACCAAUAAAUCUUAAGAGGGACGGUGGUGAGAAAUAAGGAAAUUAAAAAAAAAAAAAAAGACAAACAAAAAAAAAAAAGUUGCAGUGGGUGUGAAAUUAGCUGUAGCACUACGUAAACACAGUGCUUCAUGUAUUUUGUCAUUUUUUUACUGAGGUGUUUUUGCUGUUACAACUUUUAGAAGAAGAAGAAGAAAAAAAAAACUGAUGUACUGUUUGUUGCCAUUUCUUGUUCAUGUGAUUGCGAUGUGGUCUUCAGCCGUUCGUUUGCCGCCCUCUUUAUUUUCCACUCCAUCAGCGCUUGCAAAAAAUGGAAAAAAGAUGCUCCGUGGCUUUGUUUCGACAACGCGGGAGCAUCUCCGUGUCGGAUCUGUCCGUCUGUGAUGUGUAAACUCUGGAAAGAGUGUACGUUUUUUCACCACCGCAAAGGCAUGAUGGGUGUUGCAGUUUCUCCGUGUACGAGACUACAAAACCUGAAUGAUUAGCAGCCUUCUCUCCCAUCCUGUUCUCCAUGCUGUCCCUGUCAUGCCCUCCCGCACCAGAAUACAUAUCAGUCGGUAAUUUUAGGUUUAAGCACAAAACCCGAACACUGUAGUUGUUUCUCACCCGGCUCACUUAUUCUCUACCAACUUAUCUCUCGUGAUAACGGUUGAUGUUGCCUUUAAGGACAUUCAGGAUCAGUUCACUUUCUACCCAGCGCUGAACCUUAACUUACUGACACACUGAAGGCGAGCGCAGCCGAGCGAGAGCCUGAGGACGACUUGAAACUUUUGACACUUCGACCCGUCGAGUCCUGCAGAGGGGAAGGCGUGCCAAACCUUGAGUUAUUGCUCUCAACGUCAUACGUCAUGGAGGCAUUAGCGUGACACUGCAUCACCACAUGGAUUGUCCGGAAGCUUUUUUUUUUUUUUUUCUUUGUUUUUUGAGUGGGCACACAAUUUUAGGAUGUUUAGUACCUCGCUAGGUUUGCAGAAAAUAUGUUGCAAUUAUAUAAUCCCCAGUUUAAAAAAAGGGUGGAUUUAGUUAUUUAUUGUGGUUAAUUACCUUCUGUGCACCAACACACUGAAUAACCUGUAAGCUCUGAUACAAUCAUGACUCUGUUUCUGGGGUUGGGCCCAGUUUCAUUCAGCUGAUGUGAACCAACCGGAAUGGAGCAGACCUAAUCCUGCGACGCGAUAGACACGCUCCGCUGCCAAAGACAAUAGCAGGGCGAUGUUCGGUUUCAACGUAACACUUGCAAAGCACCCGUCUUGCAUGCUAAAAACUGAGACAAAACCUUGAUCAAGAAUAUAUUAUAAACUUAUAAUCAAGAAAAAAAAACCUUCUCUUUUUUUUUGUUGUAUGACUUUGUAGAUUUUUUUUAUUUUGUUUUGUUUUAACACAGCGUGAUUGUCACGUUGAAGAAAAUCCAGGAGAUUUUAAUAAUGGUGCUGUUUUUGAUGUUCUUCCCAGAAUUUGGUUGGAAAAAAAACAACAAAAAAAAAAAGGCGUUCCACUGUUGACUGAUACCAGAGAAAAAUGUCUGUAUCUGCUCUCUCUGAAGGAGCGUGCGAUCUGAAGUGGCAUCCUCUUUGCAUUUCUGUCCCUCAGUCCGGACUGGGCUGGAUCGGUGUCGCCGCACCGAGGCCGGCGUUGGUUCAUUUCUUCAGAUGCGUCCCGUGUGUGUUUCUGGCUCGGUGAAAUGGAGGCGAAAGUGGAAGAGGAAGCCAUCAUGGCCGAAUGAGACGAGAGCCAGGAUUCAUGUCGAGGUUUUCUCCUAAGAAACAGUUCAGGGCAAGAGGCUGAUAUUUUAUAAUUCAUGGAAUUUUGUGUGGAGAGUAUUUCGAAAGUGUCCAUACUAGAGAGCUUUACGUUUGCAUGUAUUUUUAAAGUAGCAUGUUGAGGGGAGAAUUUUCUUGGCCUAAAGGUUUUUAUUUGAUUAAAUAAAAGUCUUUCCUUUUUUAUACUUUUACUAUUAUUAACGAUAAUGAUAUUAUUAC